UCCUCUUUUGCCAUCCUGUUCCCAAGGGCUCUCUGGGUUGAACUCUAACACACUCUAUAAAAAUACUUAUUAGGCAGUUUUCCCCACUUGCAAAAAAACCGUGGGAGGGGCAUUACAGUUUUAAAGGUGAAAAGUCACCCACGGACUAACUAAUGUGAAGAUUGUGAUUGUUGUCAGCAGCAUAUUCCUUCAUCCUCAAAGUCUCCAAGCCACUUGUUAUCCCAGAGGAAGGGGAACGCUGGAUGCUCCACCCCACCUGAAGAGCGGACGCAGGUGUCACUUGCAAAACACCGGGAACCCGAGUGAGCAGAGGUGUUAAAUCAGCUUUCAACACCGGGGAAGGCUGUUUUCUUCACGCCCCCGAACUCCUUCACAGGAAGGGAAAGUGUUGGCCACCAUGAAGACAUCUGCCUUCAUCAUCGGCACAAGCCUGCUCCUGUUUGGUGCCUUCAGCAAUUCUGCCGUCUGGGCCAGGCAGGAGAGCUGGGAGCCUGCAGACCAUUUCUGGCAGACGCAAUGGCAGAAAGUUCACCGCCUCUUUGGUGGGAAUAAACAGGCCAUUUACUUUUCGGGGACGCUGCUGGUCCCAUUCCUUGUGUUUUGGUGCGUUAAUGGAGUCUAUAUGGUGGCUGAUGUGACCGGCAAGCCCCAUUUCAUCACCCGUUACCGAAUUCAGCUGGGGAAAAACGACCCCGUGGAUACAAAAAAGCUGCUCCAGGCUGUUCGCACAGUGCUGUUUAAUUUGUUGUUCAUCUCUGUCCCGCUGGUGGUGCUCACUUUCCCCAUCGUGCAACGGUGGGGGGACCCUUGCAGAGAAGAAUUGCCCACCUUCAGAUGGGUCCUCAUAGAGCUGCUCAUCUUUGGCCUGGUAGAGGAAAUUCUCUUCUACUAUUCACACCGGCUUUUUCAUCACCCACUUCUGUACAAGCACAUACACAAGAAGCACCAUGAAUGGACGGCCCCUGUGAGCAUGGUCGCCCUGUACAGCCAUCCAGUCGAGCACCUGCUCUCCAACACAUUACCCGUGAUGGCUGGGCCAAUCCUCCUGCAAUCCCAUAUCACUUCAAGUACGUUGUGGGUGUGCAUUGCACUCACGGUGACAAGCAUCUCGCACUGCGGCUACCGCUUGCCCUUUCUCCCCUCGCCGGAGUUUCACGACUUCCAUCACCUCAAGUUCAAUCAGUGUUACGGCGUCUUGGGGAUCCUGGACUAUUUGCAUGGAACGGACACGCUUUUUAAGCAAAGCCAGGCCUGUAAGGGACCCGACCCCAUGCCUCAUGCUGGCAGCAUCCCCGACUCCCCCAGGAAGGCGAAGUGAACCCCGCCGCUGUCCAGGUGCUUUAGAUCUCGGCACCACGUGAGGGACUCAGGAUGAUUAUUGCCUAAUGAUAUGCUAGAGAAGCAGUUAUUAAAUUAAAAAAGCAAAUCACA